AUGGGCGGUACAGCUAGUAAUUUAACACGUAGGGCGACAGUGCCUGCGCCGAAUGAUAUUGAAACAUCAAAAGGCGGUAUAAUUGUUCAUGGUUUAGUAUUAUCAACAAAUACACAACGUGUUUUAGUUACACUUGCAGAAAAAGGUUUGAAAUAUGAACUUAAACCAUUGAAAAUUAUGGAAAGUGAACAGAAAUCACGUCAAUAUGUAGAAGGAAUGCAACCAUUUGGUCUAUUUCCUGUACUUAUUGAUGUAGAUGGUUUUAAAAUCUACGAAUCAAGAGCUAUUUGUCGUUAUUUGGAAGAAAAAUAUAAAGGCAAAGGUACGGAAUUGAUUCCAUCAAAAGAUAUUCAAGCACGUGCUUUCUUUGAACAAGCUGCUAAUAUUGAAGCAUUUAAUUUCGAUCCACCUGCAAAUGCUUUAAUUAGAGAGACGGUUGUCAAAAAGAUAUUCUAUCAAAAAGAACCUGAUCCAAUUAAAGUAGCGCAGUAUAGAGAAGAUCUUGGUUCAAAAUUGAAUGUAUAUGAAAAUAUUCUUUCGAAACAACCAUAUCUAGCUGGACAGGUAUAUACUAUGGCUGAUUUAUUUCAUUUACCUUGUGCUCAAUUUAUUAUUAAAUUUGGUGAUGGUGAUCUGUUUGAAUCAAGACCUAAUGUUAAACAAUGGUGGGAGAGAAUAUCAUCAAGACCAUCAUGGAAAGCUGUUCAAGAAAUGAAAUAA